AUCUGCCGUUCUGACUUUGAUUUGCAGCCAAUUCGAUGCCACAACAUAGUAGCUUUGAACAUCAAUUCUUCUACAUGAAAAUUGAUUCUACUGUAGCAUUCUUUUUUGCUGCUACUGUCGCGGGGUUAGGAUAAAGCUUUCCGUGCGACGUACGAUAUGGGCGACAUCGCACCAGAUGGCCUCAAUGAGGAGAGCCAGUGUGAGCCACAGGACAACAACGGAGAGAUCAAGGUGCUCGUAACUGGAUAUGCGCCGUUCCACGUUCGCUUCCCGGUAAAUUCCUCGUGGUCCAUCGCCUCUACUUUGCCGGAACAUUUACCUGCUACUACAACCUGUCCUCGGAUCAAGCUAGUUGUACCCACAGAACCCAUACAAGUCGCUUACAACACCGUGGUUGAGUGGGAAGAGAACUCAUUGGCAUCAACUGAUUACGAUAUAAUUCUUCACAUUGGCCUUGCGGCCGGCCGGAAGUUCUUCACAAUGGAGAGGCAAUCACAGCGGGAACCUUAUUGGGAGAAAAAAGAUGUCAAGGGCGAAGUCUUUAGUAGAGAAAUGACCGAGAAGUUAUGGCCAAAUAUGAAAUUUCCGAUGGUUUUGAAACCUACUUUUGAUUGUGGCGAUGUUUGGUUGAGAUGGAGAGCCAAUGUGGACAAAAGACUGGACGUACGGCCAUCAGAUGAUCCAGGAAAUUAUCUUUGUGGGUUCAUUUAUUAUUACAGCAUGGCUUGGUUCUGGGCCCGAGCUUCAAAAGAACGACCAGUAAUGUUUUUACAUGUUCCAGAUCUUCCAACAGAGGAAUUGGUCGAAGGAGGUCGCGAGGUGACGAUUGGCUUGAUUAGAGCGCUGGUUGAGAGCAGGGAGAAGAAAGGUGUUUUUGAUCCCUUGGCUGUGGAUGAAUCUGGUCUGAAAUCGAAUGGGCACUUCACGUCUCCAGGGUUUCUGCAGCGUCCCUCCAGCUUCGAAUCGAGCUGUACCGAAGAGUGCGACAUGGCCUGGACGUACCAGAAAUAAAGUAACAAGACGGCUACUGAGUCUCCAUCUCAUAACAUGACGAUCAGCCCAUAAUUACUGAUAAGUGAUUUCAGUCUUUGGGAUUGUCGUAUCAUAUCGCAAUCAUACGUGCAUGGCAUUCAUCGCGAAUGGAAUUUGAGUGGGCUAAAAUCGCAUCAACCAUUGUAUGAUUUAUGAUUUUUUAGUCAAGCGAAAACUAUUCUAUGUUUGCAACCCCUUUCUUUACAA